AUGUCAGAGAAGAUGAAAACUCUCAGAGAGGAGACUGGGUCAGAGGGCAGCAGCGGUGGCAGAUGGCGGGAUGUGGUUCCCAUAAUUCCUGGCAGUGUGGUCCAGUCUGUGCCGUCUUAUAUCACAGACGUCAAGAACAGGUUGCCAGAUACAGAGGAUAGACUGCUCAGAUUAAAGCAAGAGCUGGAAAGGAGAAAAAGACAGCUUUAUGCACCAUACAAUGGAGAACUUGGCAUUCACUCAUAUCAGAACUGGCAACUACCACACUACCAUAUGGUGAGAAGUAUUGUUGACGAGACUGUGAACCGGUUCUUGGACAUGUACUUCAGGGCUGCCAUACCUACAACCAACAUUACAGCAGCCAGAGCAAUGAUGGAAGAACAGUCCAAGGAGCUCUCGAGAACACGGAACUAUCUUGCUGUACAGGCGGUUGCAGAUGAUGCCUUGCAGGAGAUAAUGGAAGAGGCAGUUCAUGAGGAAUGUACCAGGGUAGCCGAAGAAUACAAACAAACUGCUGAGAUGAUACGCGUGAUGACUGCCAAUAUGAUCAUGAAACAAAUUGAGAUUGUCACCACAGGUGCCCCAGAGGGGAGAGGAGAGGACGACCCAGCCUAUAACAUGGUCACCAAGGCCUUCUACAGGAUUAAGAAGAAUAGGGACAAAUACAGGAAAGAAAUUUGGGGACACUCGCAGAAUAUUACUGUUAGAGGAAAGGCUAAUGUACAGAGUGCCCCAGAGGAAGAUGACGUUACUAUUUUAAAAUUUCACAACAUUGUGCCUGUGAAUCUGAAGAAUGUAACACCAAUUGAUUCUGAGUCUGAUGCUGAGCGAGCAGUAAAGAGAGCCCUGAUAAGUUAUCAAAACGUGGAGAGCUUGUACUGGAAAACAAAAGUGGCAGACGUUAAUGUCACUCACUUGUCCAAGAAGUGCCAUGGAAUCCAUUCUGCUAAGCUGUCCAGGAACAGGAACCUGCUGGCUGUUGGAACUGGUCACGGAGAUAUUAUAGUAUAUGAUAUGAGGAGAGAUGUCAUGAAACCUGUCCAAGCUGUUAGGAAUGAAUCAGUGGAGGAUUCUGUCGUGGUGGACAUAUCAUGGAGCGUGACAGGCAGAAGACUGGUCACUGUUGACAAAAAGGGGGCAGUCAAAGUCUGGUCCAUGACUCCAGGAGAGCUCUCCAGGACAGGCCUGAAGGCUUUGGAAUUGCAGGCAGAUGCAGAGAUGUUUGUGCCGCCUCCUCUCACUUUGCUGGCCAAACUACAGGCUGAUUCCAGAGACUUCAACUUUACAGCAGGAACAUUGUUUGAAAUGGACAUCCAGAAAGGCCGGCAGGGUCCAGUUUUGGCAGACUUUUACCCAGCGGUCUCUCUCUUGGGAUCUCAGUCGCAAGUGUGCAUUGCCUUGCGCAGUGGUGACAUACUCAAGUGCGACCUGGAGAGUACGAUAACAGGAGCCGGUGCAGAGCUCCAACAUGUGCCAAAUAUUAUACAGGAAAAGAUACCAGUGGAGGAAGAAGAGGAGAAGAGCACCAUAGGCCAGGGUGUCCCCGGGGAGUUACUCCGCCAGCACAGGAGACCCCUGAUCCACAUGUGCUUCAUAGAGACCAUCAAGAACAUGGUGACGGUGGACCAGGCAGGAUAUAUCAAUGUCUGGAGAUAUAGCAGGAGGCAGUUUUCAGAGUUCCAUUGGUUCACACCUUACAGGAAGUACAAGAUGCUGCUGUCCAAACGUGAAUAUGUACCUGUGCCAAAUGUAAAGUCUGAAGUUAUUUUCACUGAUAUGCAAACACAGCAUAGAAAAACCAGACAGGAAAUUGCCAGGGAGAGAGAGAAUGCUGAAGAACAAAUAAAGUCUUUAAAUCUUGGAAAUCCCUGGUAUUCAGACAGUUCUGACAAAGAUCGUGUGAAACUAGUCUACCCAGUCAGUAAAGACAUCCUGGAUAGUGAAGCUGGAGGGAUGUUUCAUGUUAUUUUCAAACACACCAAUACCAACCUACUGUCCACGUAUGGGACACGCCGCUAUAAGCCAGUGAUGGUGAAUUGCACCAAGUUGCUGCAUUGUAAGUCCAGUCCUGAUGGCACAUUAAUGGUGUUUGUGUUACUGUUCCCAGCUUUCAAGACUAAAGCCCCACAUUUGACUGUGAUAAGUCUGGAUUUGAUGACCAUGACCAUCCAAGAUGUCCGACUGGACGUCCCUCUGACAGAUGACCAGUACAGGAAGUGCCAAACUGGAGACGCGGUGCACUGUUUUGCAUAUGAAAUGAUACUAUCUAUACUUAAUUGA